AUGCCUCGCUAUUACGGCGGUGCUUUCUGGCCCUACGCCUUCGCCCAUCAGCCCGGCGGUUGGGCUGAGCAAACAUUUGGUAUGGGUUACGGGAACCGGAACUGGAGGCAUAACGAUAUCUUCUCCCCACAAUGCAGCGGCGCCGACCACCACAGCAGCAACAUCAGCCUGGACAGCCUCUCCGGCCUCGUCGCCCGCCUGAUCCUGCAGAACCACCUCACCCGCCUCGGCGAUGCGGGCUGUCAGGGUGGUGCCGUCUGGGGCUGCAGCCACCCUUCGCCGUCAACAGCGGCACACUGCCGCGGCGCCGCCCCGCCACACAGUUGCCAGGCCCCUUGCGUACACACCUGUCCCGGCGCCACACAGCCCUACAUGGGUACCAACAACGUCUUCGUCAUCCCCGCCAACCUCGUCAACCAGCAGCCACAGGUGGGCGGGCCCCCCUCGGCUGGCGUCGGGGGCCCGAACAACGUCAACAUGUUCCUCAGCGGCCUCGGACCUGGUCUUGGUGGCAUCAACACCGGUUCAAUCUGA